UCACAUUUUUUCACAUACCUCGCCACCUCCAUCUAAUCAUCUCCUUCGCGUCUUCCCCCCUUUUUCUCUCUCCUAGGGUUUCUAUCUCUCCUCAUCAACGUCAAACGACAAUGAUGCAACCAGGACAACAACAAGGCAUGGUAGCUCCACCAGCUCCGUCAAUGGCGGCGGCGCAACCUUCCGCCGAUCAGCACUAUCAACAACAACAACACUAUCAGCAGCAGGUGCAGCUGGAGCAGCAGCGACAACAACAGCUUUGGUUGGCGCAGCAGCAGCAACAGCAGCAGCAGGCCGCACAACCUCCUCAACAGCAAUAUCACCAACAGGGGCAACAGGCACCUGCUACCGCCGAGGAAGUUCGUACGCUUUGGAUUGGAGAUCUGCAGUAUUGGAUGGACGAGAAUUAUAUUCGCAAUUGUUUUGCCCCUACCGGCGAGCUUUCCAAUGUCAAAAUCAUUCGUAAUAAACAAACCAUGCAGUCAGAGUGUUAUGGAUUUCUUGAGUUUACUACUCAUGCUGCUGCUGAGAGAAUUCUGCAGACUCUGAAUAAUACUUUGAUGCCAAAUGUUGAGCAAAACUACAGACUGAAUUGGGCCUUCUAUGGAACUGGUGAGAAAAGGGGAGAGGAUGCUUCUGAUUAUACAAUUUUUGUUGGAGAUUUAGCUGCAGAUGUUACUGAUUACACAUUGCAAGAGACUUUUAGAGUUCGCUAUCCAUCGGUUAAAGGUGCUAAGGUUGUGAUAGAUAGGCAAACUGGUAGAGCUAAGGGUUAUGGAUUUGUUCGUUUCAGCGAUGAAAGUGAACAAGUACGUGCCAUGUCAGAGAUGAAUGGAAUGAUGUGUUCAGGCCGUGCAAUGCGUAUUGGAGCUGCUGCAAACAAGAAAAGUGUUGGCGGAACAGCUUCAUACCCGAAUACUCCGGGAACUCAGAAUGACAGUGAUCCAAGUAACACAACUAUUUUUGUUGGCAAUUUGGAUUCUAAUGUCUCUGAUGAACAUUUGAGACAAACAUUCAGCCCUUAUGGGGAAUUGGUCCAUGUAAAAAUACCUAUGGGCAAGCAAUGUGGGUUUGUUCAAUUUACUAACAGAGGUAGCGCUGAGGAGGCAUUGAAAGCAUUGAACGGAGCACAGAUUGGUGGACGUAGUGUUAGACUUUCAUGGGGCCGUAGUCCUUCAAACAGACCGUCUCAACCUGAACAGAACCAGUGGAGUAAUCCUGCUUAUUAUGGAUAUCAACAAGGGUAUGACGCCUCGUACGGAUAUGUGUCUGCCCCUCAAGAUCCUAACAUGUACUAUGGUGGUUACCCGGGUUAUGGUGGGUACGCAAUGCCUCAGCAAGCCCAGAUGCCCCUGCAACAGCAACAGUAGUGAUUGAGCAGCGCUAAGCGGGAUAAGUCGAUUGCUCGCCGAGGUGGCCGUGCAUCAUUUUCACUUGGAAGCUGUGACCUUUUUUGGGGUUGUUGUUGUCCUCGUAGAAACGGUUGAAUCAAUGUAGUAUACUUUGUUACUAUGCUGGUCGAUUUUUAUUUUUCUUUUUUUGGAUUUUGGUCAAAGCUGCUUGUAUUAUGUAGCUUGCUUUUGGUACGGCUAAUGUUAUGAUAUGUUAUGUUGUUGAGAAGCCGUAAAAACAUGGAAUUUAUAUGUUCUUGUGGUGGUGAGUUUUUAAUGAUAUCAUGUUAUAUGCUAUCUUCAAAUUA